AAGCUUGUAAAUCACAGUUCAACAGUUUGUUGAAUCCAAUUUUAGCAGCAGAGUUUUGACUUGGAAAGAAAAAUGACUAAGUUUUCCCUAGUUUUGGUGGUUUUGGGUUCGCUCAUGUUGGCGAACUCUGCGUCUGCGGCGCCAAACGCAAUCCGGGAGGCAUUCGUGGAAGAGAUGAAGAACGUGUUUCUGGGAGUGGCCGAGAUUGCUCAGAAGGCUAAGAAUGGUGCCAGUGCUCGUGACUUGUAUGAAGAAAUUAAGGAAAAAGCUAGAAACACUUUGAACAACUUGGCCAACAAGUUUGGUGGAGGUGGUGGAGGUCGUCGUUCGAAGCGCGCUGUCCACUCCAGCGUCACCGUGACCAAGUUCAACCAAACCAACUACCAGAAGCUGGAGAUCAAGAAAAGCUCGGAUCAGGAUCACGAGAAGCUUCAGGAAGCUGCCUGUCUGGUUCAGGAUAACGAAGUGUACUGGCUGGAGCUCGUCACCAGCGCCUUGAUCCAGGUCAUGCAGGAGAUGAAACGCGUCCUGGAGGGCAAGAAGAUUGGCGUUCAGAUGACCAAGGAAGUCUACGAGCAGUCCAAACAGGCGUACGAAAAGUCCAAGCUGAGACACUAAAAACUUCGUGUCAACAGUUGAUGACAUUGGUUGGUAAAGUGAAUAAAUUUGCUCCGUGGAAACUAGUA